AGGGAAUGAUGCGCUACGGGCCAUCGAGAAAUGCAAGAGCAGGAAGCGAAGUUGCCAUAGACUGAAAUUAAACUCAGUGGAACGCUGUACCCCUUCAAUUCCAUUCCCACAGAAAUACUUCCGAGUCCAUUACAUUCAAGUUUUGAGGACCAAUCUGCGCACCGAACAGUGAUGUCACCAAGCCACAUCCAUCAUGUUGAGAGUUAUUUCAAAGUCGGCGUAAUAGCAGGAGAUGGAAUUGGUACUGAGAUCACGGAGUCGGCCAUCCAAGUACUGCAGAAACUGGCAGAUGUGAGUGGGUCAUUCGUGUGGGAAUUUACACAUUACGAUUGGAGCAGCGACAAGUAUUUGGAACGUGGAUGGUAUAUGCCCGAGGACGGUUUGGAGCAGCUGAAGAGGCAUGAUGCGAUAUACUUUGGGGCGGUUGGUUCACCUAAGGUUCCGGAUCACAUCUCUCUUUGGAACCUGAUACUACCUAUUCGAAAGACGCUGACACAGUACAUCAAUCUACGGCCAACGCGCAUCCUCCCUGGCACUUCCAGUCCGUUAAAGAGUUGCCAGAUAGGGGACCUCGACUGGGUAUUUGUUCGAGAGAACAGCGAGGGGGAGUAUGCUGGACAUGGAGGCAUUACAGAAGUCGCUCCUGGUAAUGCAAUAGGGACCGAAUUGGCCAUAUUCUCGCAGGCCGCCUGCGAGAGAGUAUUCCGCUUUGCCUUCGACACUGCAAGAUCCCGACCUAGGAAGAAACUCACGAUGGUCACCAAGAGUAAUGCUCAGCGAUAUGGGAUGGUUCUCUGGGAUAAGAUCUUCUGGGAGAUCGCCAAAGAAUACCCUGACGUUGAGACAGAUAAAAUGCUCGUCGACGCCAUGACCGUACGCAUGACGCUACACCCUAAGUCUCUUGACACGAUUGUUGCGACGAAUCUUCACGCCGACAUCCUUACGGAUCUUGCUGCAGCAUUAUCUGGUAGUAUCGGCAUAGCCCCUUCUAGCAAUCUUGACCCAACUCGCCGCAACCCCAGUAUGUUCGAACCGAUCCACGGUAGCGCGCCAGAUAUAGCUGGCAAGGGAGUCGCUAAUCCCAUUGGAGCUUUAUGGAGUGCGGCGGAAAUGCUACGAUGGCUAGGUGCUGGCAGGGAGGCAGACGAACUGGUGAAGAGCAUAGAAACCGUCACUGAGGCAGGUGUUCGAACCAGGGACCUCGGGGGUGUCGCGACGACGAAGGAAGUGACAGACACUGUCUGUAAAGAGUUAGAAAAUAUUUAUAAGAACUAA